AGCCAAUAUAAGCCAAUAUUAUUGUUUGGCGGUUGUUCAAAAACGUGGUUAACCUACCUGAACUGCCAGCGCCUCGUUGAACCUACGUAUGAAGUGUAGGCAUUGCAACGAGACUUCAUCAAAUGGAGCCCGGAGAUGAAGCCAGAGACGAAUUGCAUGACACCAAUAUGUAUGAAACGUCACCACCCACCACGGUUAGAUUGACUGCAGCAACCAGUCCCUGCUCAAGUGCACCUUUGCAUCAGCCCUGUACAGCGACUGAACACCAUGCAUGUUGGAUAGUUGACCGUAUCUCCCUCAUCAAUGUGUUUCUCUUUCAUGUAAAAAUGGAGCUGCGAGAAAUGCCAGGGCAGAGGGGACAGCUGGCUCUAGUUGGUGUGCCAGAUGAAUGGUUGUUCCGGGAAAGUGUGUUGCCAGAACAGUACGAUCAAGCAGUAGCAGCCGUGUACUGGCUUCUCAAGAAGCAUUUUUGCAUACGUUAUCUCUCUAUUCAUCCAUUUUUAUUGUUAGAGCAUGGUUCGGUCCUCAGCAAUGGGUUCCAACAUAGCCCUUCCAUCAAGUCAUUGAAAAUCGACUUCAGUGAAUCUGCUGCCACAGAGGCCCUCUUUGCCAGUUUGUGUACCCUGAGAAACCUAGAAUCAUUGGAAUGCUUGGCACCAGGGCAACAUCACAGCGAAUUUCCAACCACUGCAGCGAUGCUCUUGCGAGUGUGUCCAUACUUAACGACCCUCAAGAUUUCUGAAUAUUGUAUGGAGGACAAACACAUGGCCACUGCUUUUGUUGCAGCUCUGAAAGAGAAUUCAGCGCUGAGAGAGCUAUCUGUACACGCUUCAAUAUGUGAAGCCAGCAGACACGAGUUUGCAGAGUACCUGAAGACCACCAGUUCAUUAAACAUCCUCAGCGUUGUAGCAGGCAAUGAUGAAAGGCAAACCUGCACCUGCUGGAUGGCGGAAGGCCUCCUUGCCAGCAAAACUGUGAAAAAACUGGAUCUCAGGAACAUUCAAUUUGAUGAGAGGAGUGCCGAGCGGGCAGCAAGAGUUUUCACAGAAAAUCAAGUUAUGCAGAGCUUCAGCUUGGCGUGCUGCUCGCGGGGACAAAUGCAUAAGAGUGCUCUUUAUUGCUGGCAUGCAUCACUCUCGAGCAAUGAGACACUGGAAGAGCUCCGGCUUCCUAUGGACAUUUGGAGUACAUGUCAGUGGACCGAAUUCAUUUGGAUUACAUCGAGGAGGUCAUCUUUGAAGAAGCUUACUAUUGAUCGAGGCAAAGAUCGCAAAAAGCUGCAAAGUCUGUGUGAAGUUCUCAGAAAAAGCGGUGCAGAAACAAAAGCCUCUCUUGGGACUGACAUAUUUUUUUUCUCUGGUGGGAAUAUAAUUGAAUCUGCCGCACUCACAAGUGUCUCUUUGUUUUGUUUUGGUGAUCAGCUAAAGCAGCUGUUGUGCCAGCUGCGGACAUCUAAUCACAUUACAUCCGUUUGUAUUGGAGUUGGAACAGGUGAUGUUUCUCUCUCUUCAGCCGUUGCCGAAUACAUCAAUGUGGCACCAUCACUUCGAAAGUUGCGUUUGGAGUUGCUUACGGAAUCUGGGGACCUGGCCGAUGACACAAAUAGAUCAUGGAAAAUACUUGUCGAGUCGCUAUCCAAAAAUGUGACCCUGAGGGAGUUAGAAGUGUAUGUCAAAUUCCGCCCUAGUUUUGAUGAAUAUGAAGAACCAGAUCACGGGAUCCAAGACAUCAAGGAUAUACCGCAUGAAUUGGAGAAACUUGCUCAGGUGAUUAAGUCUGGCCAGAAGAUACGAAGGGUGCACUUCCGAGCAGAACAUACAAGCCACAUGACUGCCUUCCUUUCGGAGUUAGCCAAGGACAUCUCAACUGAGUUCACUCUUGUCACUGUAACUCUAGCUGGUUCUUUGGCAAUAGAGUCUAUGGCAGACUGCUUCCUUGUAUGGGAAACAACACGUCGAAACUCUGGGCUGGUCACACGGGCUGCAGAAUUUGUCUCCGGGCACAGACUGGACAGGCGUUAUGCAGCAGCCUUGGAAUUUGUUGGGUGCUGUCCUCCUCUCCUCGAAGAGUUUGCACAGCAGCAGUCUCUCACAGUUGUGGAUGCCACUCCCAUCAUUCAACGUGCACUCAGGAGUAUUGAAAGCAUGCACGAUUUCAUGCGCCUUGUUGGUGUUGUCCGGGAGCGUGUCGUGUGCCACCCACGCAAGGAUGGUCGCCGUCAACUGGAUGGCCUGGAUGACGACUGCUGGAGGUCGAUUCGUCGCCACGUUACCCUCUUCGAUGUCGGAACACGUACAACACGUUCUUCGUUAAUGGAUCUGUAAGAAGAGGACAACCUCAAGCACUGCAUGCAGUAUUUUCCAGUUGAAGCCGAUUAACAACUGCACCUUCACAGUUCCAAAGGACUUUAUAAACUUUCACUGUUUUACGACAUGAUAAACUAUAUGUGGACAAUCUGAACGACUGUUAAAACGGUGUGUUACUACUUUGUCCUUUGCUAUGUAAAUAUGCACAAAACCUUCAUUAGAGCUGUAGCGAGAGGACAUUGCCUGUGUAAGUGGAUGAGCUACAGUUUCCAAAGAAUGCCAGUCGGUGUACAUACCUUUGCUAUGUUAAAGAUGUGAUACAUUGUCGUUUGUUUUUCAAGACUUUGUCACUUUAGUUAUUCAAUAUAUCCUAUUGUGAUAGUGCUUUUCCCAAGCUCCUGCCACAUUUUAUGCAAAUCUUUAUGCUACUUCAAUCGUGAAUCCAGGGGCUUCCAUAGCUAUCACAAAAGAGGUUCGUAUUUAGUGAGCGCUAAUGUGUAGUGGUCACCUGCUCAUUAGGGAAGGCGUCAAGGAAUUAUCUAUGGCAUAAGGAGUAGGGAUACAAAUCUAUCAAUAAGAAAAAAAAAACAUUAUCAAUGCUACUGUCAGUAGCACACUACUGAUGGUACUCCAUAAUGCCACUUUCAAGUGGCAAUAUAGUAUUUUUGAAUUACAGCAUCAGUACCAGCACAGUGAGUGUUCUCUGCUACUGGGCAGAUAAUUUUUGAAAGGAGGAGCACACUGAAAGGCAAGAACGUUGACACUCUUAUGGUUUUUCACCAGGGUGCCUAGAUGACAUAUGGCUAAGUUGCACAUCUAACGGUUUAGUUAGAGCAGAAUGAAAGCCACUGGAUGUGUAAACUGCACAACUCUUUUUUGCAUCUUGAAAUGCCAAAACAAUAAAAAAGAUCUACAUACUAACUUUAUUGGUCCAGUGUAAUGAUGGUUAGUUUCGAGUAAUAACUUAGUAGAAGCUGUAGUGUUUAGGAUUUUAACAGCACAGACAAAUAAUUCAACUUCCUAGAAAUAUGUUGCAUAAAUUCAUGAGCAGAGUGAUUGACAGUCAGAUAUAGUAAUAUUUUAUAAUGAUUACUAGCCAACAACUAUCAAUAGCAUUAUAAAUGUCAAAUGUCAAUAUUUAGUUCUACAAUUUUUCUAAUUUAUCGAUAGUGAAUUUACACAUUGUUUUGCAUCACUAAUGAGCAGCCCUUCUGACAAUUACUGCUGCACUCAGUCUUUUUUGUUUGCUUUGUGUAUUUGUUUUCAAAAAGUUCCUUGUUGCAACUUCAUUGUGCAAUACCAUGCGACCAAUGCGCCAACUCUGACACAUCUCUACUAGCGUCUCAAGGUUAAUGUAACAAAAGCCCCUCCAUACAUGUUUUCUCCGACCAGGUUAAGUACCGCCAACCUGCCCUCCGGGCUCCUCUCCCACUCAACCUCUCGGCUUCCGGCAUCCAGCAAAACUUGUGUAGCUUCAGCUUCCUGUUUCAAGCGGAAGCGACGCCAAGUUUUUACUUUCGCCGAGUCGAUGGAAGGACUUUAAUUGUACCAGCCGCCGUUUAAACUGUUAAAGCAUGUCCACCAUCCAAGCAUCACCACCACUGUAACUGGCGAUCUGGUCGUGUUCACUUCAUGUCAACCUGUGACUGGUAGUGCCACGAGAUACAAGAUACAGUGGUUGCAGAGAGGAAGAUGAAGGUUUGACAAUGUAGUGUGCAGGAGCUUGGAGACCACUGCCAUUUUUUGUGCCUGUGAAAACACACCGACUGUGCGCUACAACUUCAGCGGAAUUCAACAGCUUGUCCCCUUCUCCAUAAUUCUUGCACUGAUUAUCGCAACUCCAGAAACUGCUAGCGCAGCAUUGCAUACCAGGCAUGGAUUUUGCUGUACUUCUCUUCUGAAGCACAGAGCCCCUCCAGCCAGCGCGUAUGCAGGGGAUUUAGUGAAAGAGUUCGCGACAUCAAUUUGUACAGCAGACGCAUAGAGUUGAGGGUGUGAAUUGUGAGUUUAAAGCUUGUCACGUACAGCAGAUUGAAAGUAACGAACGGUCAAGUAUGUGCACUACGUGAGGAACUGCAGUGACACGAAGCUAUAAAAUAUAACAUGUUCGAAUUUGUGUUGAGGGCAUUCAGUGACGUGGUGAACACAACUGUGUUUUUCUUAUGUGAUGUGAGUGGAGGUGUGCAGUAAAUUGGUGUGUGUGUGUGUUUGUGUGCGCGUGCUGUGAUGCAUGCACAGUUGUACAGCGAAUUGUGUGUGUUGUGACGCAAGCAAAGGUGUUACGAUGAAUUCUUGUGCAUUGCAACAUGAAAUUACGAUGAUUCUUCUUGCGAGCAUUCAGAGGACGAACAAGGUAGUACUUCGGGUGGUAUGUCGGUCAUACUUGUGUUCUCACACUUCUAUCUGUCUCUGGCCUGAACGCUAAAACCAUUUCAUCCACGUGGCAGCAAAGAUUUUUUUGGCAAAAAGAAGUCUAGAGGGGCUUUAUUUAGCGUUUCUUAGCUUUACUCAAAGGAGAGUUUUAUGCACUGUGGUUUAUUCAUUUGUUGAAAUGACGUCUACUAGCUAAGUGAAGCAGUUGAAUUGAUUUGCAGAAUGCUUAAGAUUUGUGAAGUAAACGUAAAAUUGGCUUAUAAUUACAGCUACUGUACAUGUACGGUGUGUUAGAUGUGCUACUUCUAGUCAGUAUUUCAUAUGCCUACAUUUUCUAUAUGUUCUGCUCUGAAAGGCUAAUUUCAUCCACCCAAGAGUACCCCAGGCUACAAAGGAAGCCCAAACAAGAAAAACCUGUAUGGGCUUCCUUCGUAGCUUCGGCUACCGUUGGGUGGAGGAAAAAUUUUCCCUUUCAUAAUUCUUCCUCUACCUUGCGGGCUUCCACAGAACUAAUUUUCCAGUGCUCUGUUCUCUGCAGUGCAGGGGUAUUGAAAUAAAAUAAAUAAAACAGUAAAAUCUAAUGGGAGGAAGUCUCAUCAUAUGAACAAUUGCUUUCUGCCUGAUUUAGCAAAAUGGUAGAGGUUUCUUCAGUGCGCAGACAUUGCAGGUGAGAAUUUUUGUCCCUGUCCAGAAAUCAAACAUAGCUCCCUCACCCUGGUCAAAUAUGUUCAAAGUAAAGCAGAACUGGGAACAGAACUAAUGCAACAUUAGCAAACAAAUUUUGCAUUUAUUUCACUUUUCAGUUAACAGCAUAAGCUUGUAGAGCAGUCCAUAAGCCCAUUGAUCUAUUCUUGUUCAUAAAUGUCGCUUUAUAACACAAAUGUACAGUUGUUUUGAAAAGUUCCUGCAACAGUUCUUGAGCAUGCUAAAAUUCCUGUCCAUCUACUACAGAACGCUAUGACAAAUGCCUACUGAACAUCAUUACAGUAAAACUUUGUUAAUUCAGAUUCCAUGGGAAUGAAAAAGAUCUCUGAAUGAAGCGAACAUUGAAUUAUUGAGCAUAUCAAGAAAACAAUAAAGAAAUUCCUGCUACAUCAA